AUGUCUUCGAUGGAAGUAAUUCAGUCAAAAAAAUCAAAAGACUUGAGUACACAAAACAGUAAGGGUUUUGUGGAAGAAAACCAGGACACAGACCCAAGUUUCAAAGAGGAUGGUGUGCACAGUACAAAUGGCAAUUCAAGACAUGGAUUAACUAAAAAAGACUCAGCAGCUGACAGAGUCAAACUCGAAGAUAAGCAAGCAAAUACUAAGACUGAUUUGUGGUGGCUGAACCUCCGUUAUGUGUUUUCACUAUCUAUGUCUGUGAAGGUCAUUCUCAUGCGAAGAGAUUCCAAGGAAGGAUCAGAAGGUUUCUAUAGCUUGAAGUUCACAUCUAAGGAACAGGACCGGAGUGAUGAUUCCUUUACUAUUGCUUUUGAGGAUCAUGCUGAUGCCAACAACUUCUGUUUUGUAUUGGAGUCCUUUUUCGAAGAUUUGGAGUCUUUUAGUGCUGAUGCAAUUCCAAUGUCAAUUCAAGACCUGAAUGAAGAAAUAUUGUCUCAUGCCAAUAAAAUGGUAGUUGUGAAAAAGAGGCAGCUUCAACUCUAUGCUGGGCAGCCGCUUGCUGAUGCUGAAAUGGCCUUGCAUCUAAAGUUUGACUUGAUGGAGCUGAGUUCUGGUAAAGAGAUGAAUUUCAAUACCCACCCAUGUGCCUUCGAAAAGGAAGUGCGUGCUAGAGCCACUAGAUACUGUCAAGAAGUCUUAUGUUUAUUGGAAGUAGAUUGCAAGAAUAAUAAACUCUAUUCCAGCAUUACUCCCACUCUGAAUCAGGAAUUUUUGCUUUUACACAUUCAAAUUUCUGAACUCUGCUUAAAGCAUGACUAUUGGUUGGGGGUGCGUAAGCUGCUUGUGCAGGAAUGA